CUUGCAUUUACCGAAACAGACUUUACGAUCAGGAAAGUCAAGCAAGCAUUCGACACUUGGACACCAUGGUCUGGGUGAAGUCACUACGGGUACAAUCGCCCUUCCGAACGCCGAGCAGGUUGGUACAUAAUGCCGUCCAACAGAUCGGAAAUCGGCCUCCGUCUGUCUUCGAAAUUCGCAGCUCACCAAACAAGGGCCUAGGGGUCUUUGCGACCAAGGAAAUCCCACGUGAUGGUCUUAUUAUGCGUGAUCCGCUCGUUUUCCGGAUCGAGCACGGCGAAGACCCCGUCCAACGAUACCUCAGAUUCACCAUGCUCCCAGGGACGACGCAGCGGGCCAUCCUUGGACUCGCGGCGCGGCAAAACGCUAAGGAGUCUCUUGCGGUAGCUAAGAAAGUCCGAGUCGCAUUGGGGGAAAAUGACUGGGAUUUAGUCACCAAGAUCAGGCACUUCCUCUUCGAAGACAAAAAGCUCGCCGACGACAUCGCCAAGGUCGUGCACCUGGAAGAUGUCAUCACUACAAACGCCCACGGUAUCUACCCUGACAAUAAUUCGGUCGGAGGCCUGUUCCUGAAUGCCGCUCGCAUCAACCAUUCGUGUAUCCCGAACGCCGAACCAAAGCUUAGCACCGACGAUGAGGAUAAAGUGCUGCGUGCCAACCGCGACAUCGAGGCUGGCGAGGAGAUCACGGCUUCCUACAUCGUGCAUAUCCAACCUCGCAAGGCCCGACAGAAAUUGCUCUCGCUGGACGGGUGGGACUUCACUUGCAAGUGUCCAGCAUGCGAUACCAGCCACCCAUUCAGCCACUCUCACGAACAACGCCUUCAGGCUUUCGACCGACUCUGCCUAGACUCGGACAUGGACGGGAAAAACGUUGACCUGAAGCAUGGUGGAGCAUGGUCAUACGCGGCGCUCGAGCAAGCGGCAGACAAAACCCAAGGACGGAUUGAGCUGCUCGAUGGGCACCAUUCCCUGCGGAACUUCUCUCGUCAGCUAUACCUAAGGGCGUUCGGUAUCGCUAUCGCGAAGUAUAGGAUGAGGCGCUUGAGGUCAGACCUUGAGGAUACUAUCAAAUGCUUAGAGGUGGUUAUCGAGUCAGACAAAGACUGGUACGGCGAGAAUCACAUUAUCACACGGCACCAUAAAGAACACUACGACAGGCUGCAGAGAGGCGAGAUGUCGGGAGUAUGAAUGCUGGAGGGCUACCCGGUGAGGAAUUACAGGAAUACCCGCUACGAGUGGAGGGAGCAGCGAGACGCUUAAGAAUCCAUCAUGUAAGGGGGAAGAGGUCACGAUCAGAUUGUUGUAGGCGUUGGUGGUAACUUACACCAUCCAAUACGGCCGGCUUUGAGCCGGGAAAUAUAGCGAUU